CAGUUUACUGCAUACUUUGGAUAAAAGAGGUGCAAUGUCCUGCAGAAAUGUUCUUAUCACUGGAUGCUCUUCUGGAAUCGGCUUGGCCUUGGCUGUUCGGUUAGCGAAGGAUGAGCUGAAGAGGUUUAAAGUUAUUGCUACAAUGCGCAACCUGGAGAAACGAAAAGGGCUAGAAGAAGCAGCAGGAGAAGCAAUGAACAAAACGCUGGAAAUCAGAGAGCUGGAUGUAUGCAGUGAGGAAUCAAUCAAAGAGUGUGUCAACAGCAUCCCUGGGAGACAAGUAGAUGUGCUUGUUAACAAUGCUGGACUGGGAAUGAUCGGACCCUUGGAAACACAGAGUAUCAGCUCCAUGAAGACCCUUUUUGACACUAACUUCUUUGGACAGGUCAGAAUGAUAAAGGAAGUCCUGCCAGAUAUGAAGCAACGGAAGUGUGGGCACAUUGUGGUCAUGAGCAGCAUUUUGGGUGUCCAAGGCCUUUUGUUCAAUGAUGUUUAUUCUGCCUCUAAAUUUGCAGUAGAAGGGUUGUGCGAGAGCCUUGCAGUGCAAGCAAUGAAAUUUAAUAUCAAGAUGAGUCUCAUUCAACCUGGCCCCGUGACAACAGAAUUUGAGGCCAAGGUUUAUGAGGAUGCUGCCAAAAUUGAUCUCUCUGGUGCAGAUGAAGAAACAGCUGAAAUAUUUCAGCACAUUUACAUCCCAUAUUCAGAAAAAAUCUUUACAAUAGGACAAAGGCCAGAAGAAGUGGCAGAACAUACUAUGAAGAUCAUCACCUCCAACAAUCCUCCUUUUCGUCACCAGACCAAUCGUCUAUACGCACCCUUCAUUGCCCUUAAGCAAGCAGACCCCAGUGGCAAUCUGCCCCUUGAUGCAUUUUACAGGCUGACAUUUAGGCAAAAGCGUAUCUUCAAUGCCAGUCUUGGGCUGCUGCGUCUGUUGCUAAGGCGGAAGCAAAAAGAUGUGGACUCUUGAAGAGCAGUGACCAAAUCUUUGUGGUGCCAUAAACUGGCCCUAGAAAUAGCCUAGGUGGCUUACACCCUCCAGUCACUAGUAGAGCCUAAAACAAGCGUAGAGCUGUCCAAGGGUGACAGGAGACAAGUGGCUUUGUGACGGGAGUAUUAAUACAUUACUUCUAUGCCAUUCUUGGACUAGAAAGAGGGUAAAAAAGCCAAUUAAAGCCAACAGAAAACU